AUGCUAGCGCUAAUUAGGAGAUAUUAUAUUUCUGACCUUUAUUACUCUCUCCGCAGUCUAUCCGCAUCUCCUCUAUAUAAUCCUGACCUAUACUCACUAUUUCAUUGGCGUACAUUAUUUACCAUGUCUUCCCCGAACAAUCUAGUAUCGGAGUUGGCCCAAGUUGUGCCUGAGCCAAUAGAGAUCCCCAAGGAGGGUACUCCAGAGUCAGAACUGUUUAAUGUAACCCCAGAUGACAAUGUGUGGAAACGUAUCAUCAAGAAACUUAGGCUGAUCCAGAAGUAUUCUGCGUAUGGCUUCUUGGGUUUUUUUGGCCUCCACGUCACAUCUACUAUCGUUGCUCCAGGCAUUGGACUUAGUCCAGAAACCUGCCAGGACCUCUUUGAAAUGUGCCGCAACGUAUACCUAGGACCCAUUUUCGAGUACUCUAUGAUUUACACAACUGUGGGACUUCAUGUUGGUUCUGGAAUAGCCUUGAGAUGUAUAGACACAAGGAAGUACAGAAAAACAUUUCUGCAAAAGCAGAAAGAGAUCAUCAUCAAAGAUGGGGAGCGAGAUGACAUUGGUUUGGGCGGAUUGGGUACACUAUUAGGCUUGGGAUUCAAGAAGUCUUGGAUCUCAACCCAUUUCCCUUCCUUGACUCCUUUAACCUUCUCUGGUUACAUAAUGUUCUUGUCUCUAGCGUUUCAUUUUUUUAAAAUGAGAGUCGCUCCAAUUUUAAUCGAUGGGGAUUCAUCACUCAUAACUUUACGAUAUGUGACCCACUACCUCAAACAAAGUCAUUAUGGAACAGCGGGUAAAGCUAUAAACUACAUAAUGCUUUUGUUACUUCUGGGAGUAUCAUUCUAUCAUGUUGUCAGUGGAUUGUUCAAGUACAGGAGACAGUUCAGUCUUCGAGCUAAGAAAAUUGCAUACGGAGUUAUCGGCACUUUUACUGCGCUUAGUGUUGUUGCCAUGGCAAGGUUCAGCCGUUGGAACUUGGAAUCAGGAUUCAUCGGCAAACAAUUCAUGAAGUACUUGCACCUCAUCUAA